AUGUCUUUCAAGUUUAAUUUUAUGACAACUGAUUUGGAUAUAUCUGACGAAGAGACAUCAAUUGUAGAAGAUUAUGAAAUUGAUGAAAAAAAAAAUCAUGUUCACUCGUCAAAUAACGAUAAAGUAUCCAGACCACCAUCAUUAAUUCCUUCAAGUGAGUUUAUUCCAACAUUUAUGUCAUUAAAACUUCCCCAAACAUUUAUGUUUGAGCAUGUCGAUUCCACUAAAAAAUCAACAGAAGAAAAGGUUAUUAUUUAUAAAAGACAUUUGGCAGACGUUAAAUUUCAGAUAGCACAAGAAGAUGAAGAUCUUGUCAUGGAUAAUAAUCAAAAAAUAAAUAAUCCAUCAAAUAUUUUGGAAUUAUCGAUAAAAAAUGAUUUGAUUGAAGGAGUAUACGAAGGCGGAUUAAAAACUUGGGAGUGUUCAUUUGACCUGCUUGAUUAUUUUAUAAAUGAUUUGCAAAAUUUUGACUUUGAUAAUAUUAAUAAGAUAUUAGAGCUUGGAUGUGGGACAUCACUUCCUGGCAUUUAUCUUCUUUCUAAAUAUUCGUCACUUAAAGUAGAUUUUCAAGAUUAUAAUGAACAGGUUUUAAAAUUGAUCACAAUACCAAACAUACUACUUAACACAAUUUUACGUUCAAAAUUAAAAGAGAUUAAUGAAAAAAAUGAAGAAAUAGAGAUUAUUAAAAAUGACAAAUUAUUCAACCAAUUAAAAAAAAGUAGAUUUUUUAUGGGUGAUUGGGGUGAUUUAGUUGAUGUGAUCAACAUCGAUUCAGAAGAAAACAAAUAUGACAUGAUAAUUACAUCGGAAACAAUAUACAACAUUAAUUCUUUACCAAAAUUGUAUAAUGUUAUCAAAAAUACUCUAAAAAGGCCAAAUGGCGUUGCAUAUGUUGCUGCAAAGUCCAUAUAUUUUGGUGUUGGUGGUAGCAUGUUGACAUUUCGAGAAUUUGUGGAACAAGAUAAUAUAUUUGAAGUUAAGUUGGUUAAAACUGUUGAAGCUUUUGUCAAAAGAGAGAUUUUGCAACUUAGUUUUUCGAAAAUAAAUUAA